AUGGAGCUCAAGCUGCGUGUUGGGCCUAUCUUCUGCCUUGUGCUUCUAACGCUGCUGCUCUCAUCAGGUAACGAGUCCCAUCUCUAGUGGGAUCUCUUCUCUUACUUCUGUUCUUCCUGCCUUGAACAUUUUCUGUGCCUGUUUUCAGUGUCCACAGAAGGACGGAAAAGGGACGAGUUGUGCAAGUCACCGAGUUGCCAUUACACUGGAUUCUGCAAUGUAGUACGCUGUAUUAAUACGUGCAAGGGAGAAGGCUAUAGCAGCGGAAUGUGUGCAUCCCCCACGGCCUCUUGCUACUGCGUCAAGCUGUGUGCCGGUGGUGACCAAGCAGAUGCAGGGAGCAAAGCCACCUCCCGCAGUUAG